AUGCACAUUGCGGACAUGGCUGUCUCUGUGUUUGUAGUAGUGAUCAUCGCCGUCUCGUUUCUGUCCAACGUGGUGGUACUGAUCUGCUUUCUGUACAACCAGGAGAUUCGAAAGCAGGUGCCCGGGUUGUUUAUCCUCAACCUAACCGUCUGCAACCUGUUGCUCACCGUGUCCAAUAUGCCUCUAACUCUGGUCGGACUUAUCAACAAAGGAAACACUGGAGGCAGCGGGUUCUGUCAAACUGUGGGUUUCCUGGACACUUUUCUCACCACCAACUCAAUGCUCAGUAUGGGGGCUUUGAGCAUCGAUCGAUGGGUGGCAGUGGUUUUUCCGCUGAGCUACCACUCCAGAAUACGACACCGGGACGCAGUGAUAGGGCUUGGAUACACGUGGAUGCACUCGCUCUCGUUCUCCACGGUGGCCACUUGCUCUUCCUGGGUUGGGUACCAUCACCUUUACGCAUCAUGUACGCUCUGCAAUGCGAGAGCAAGCGGCUCCCGGACGCAGUUUAUCAUCUACACUGUGGUUUUACACUCUCUCACUUUUCUCUUGACCUUAAUCGUGUUGUGUGUAACGUACCUGAAAGUUCUGAAAGUUGCGCGGUUUCACUGUAAACGCAUCGACGUGAUCACUAUGCAGACCUUAUUGCUGCUUGUGGAUAUUCACCCGAGUGUGCGCCAGCGAUGCCUGGAUGAGCAGAGACAGCGGAGGCAGAGAGCCACCAAGAAGAUCAUCACAUUCAUUGGAACGUUUGUGGUGUGCUUCGCCCCUUACGUCAUCACGAGAAUCUUCGAGCUCUUCACGCUAGGACAGAUAAACCCUCACUGGGGUGUCUUGUCUAAGUGUUUGGCCUACAGCAAGGCAGCCUGCGACCCUUUUGUCUACUCACUGCUUCGGAACCAGUACAGGAAGACAUGCAGCGACCUGACCAACAAGAUCCUGAAGAGAAGUUCCUUUAACUCCUCCUCCCGCAUGGUGGAGAACGGCAGGGCCAACGACACCAUAAACAUCAAACCCAGCCAUUGA